AUGGUAGCUCGAAUUAGAGUUUGGAGCUCUCGGCAUAUUUCAUAUGCAGGUAAAUGUACUCUCAUUAAUUCUGUCCUGCUGACCAUUCAUACUUAUUGGGCUCAAAUUUUAAUUCUUCCAAAGUUCAUCGUUGAUAGAAUCAAUAGCAUUUGUCGUGCUUUUCUUUGGAAGAGUAAUUCAAACUCUUGUGGUUCGGGUCUUGUUGCUUGGAAGAAUGUCUGCCUUCCUAAAGAUGAAGGGGGGCUGGGUUUUCGUGAUAUAGAUCACUGGAACAUUGGAGCAUUGAGUAGGUAUGUUUGGGAUAUAGUCAAAAAGAAAGAUAACCUCUGGGUUCGUUGGGUUCACUCUGUUUAUAUCAAAGGUGAUUGUUGGUGGAGUUAUGAGGCUCCUCAAAAUGCAAGCUGGUAUUGGAAAAAGAUAGUUAUGGUUAAGAACAUCAUCAAGAACAAAAUGGAAGAAUCUAUCUUCACCCAAAUGAACUUUAGUAUCACUAAAGUUUGCUCUUUGCUUUGGCUGAAAUCAAAUGUCAGGAAGGUUUGGUUCUCUUCCAUUUGGAAUCGGCUAAGUACUCCCAAGCACAAGUUUAUCACUUGGCUUGCUUGUUUAAACAGGUUACAAACUAGAGAGAGACUUCUUAAAAUUGGACAGAUUGUUGAUGCUAAUUGUCUUUUUUGUGGUGCUCAUUUGGAGUCGCAUCUUCACCUCUUCUUCAGAUGUCAUUUUAGCUCUACUGUGGCCCAAAUUAUCUUUACUUGGGCAGAUUUCAAAGUGCAUAAAUUGGAGCUUGAAGCUUGUAUCAAAAAGAUCAAGAGGUCGAAGCAUUCCAAAUUCCGAAGAGAGGUCUAUCUUGCCAUUGUGAAUAGCCUUGUAUAUAAUCUUUGGGAAGCUAGGAACAAUACUCUGUGGAAUGAUAAUGUGUAUACAGUUCAUACUCUUGUACAGAAAAUUAAAAGAGGAAUUUGUAUUAGGUUUUCUCUUUUUAAAAAUGAGAAAACUAGUCAUAGUGAUUGUAAUUGGUUUGAGCAAUUGAGCCAUAUCUAG